CAGCUUUUUGUGAAGCUGGGGUAGUUCCAGUUGAAGGUGAUGAUAACAAGUAUUAGCAUCAAGGGAUAGCCCUAGAGGAAUUAGGAAUCAUCCUUGAAACCAAGCUUUCAAUGUUGACCGGCUCUGACCCGUAUAACAAUGAUACCAGGGGCUCCACUGACUUUCUAAAUAAAGAUAUUUUGUCAUCUCGCCAUGUGGGUAAUGGUACGGAAUAUUUUCCUGGUUUUCAAUCCGAACCUAGUGCCAGUGGAUUAACCCUUGGAGCUAGUUAUAAAGGAUAUGAAAAUUCAUUCGAGAAUCCAAAUCUUCACGGCCACCGACGAGAAGGGCCUGGCCUUAGUGGACCGACUUCUGGACCCAGCAGUGUUAGAGGAUACGAAACGCCAUUCGAGGAUCCAAAUUUGCUUGUCCGCGCACGAGAUGGAUCAUUCAGUGGAUUGACUGGUGGAGUUACUGUUAGAGGCUACCAAGCUUCGUUUGAGGAUCCAAAUUUGCUCGGCCAACGGCGGGAAGUUGGGGUUAGCAUUCCUGAUAUGGGCUCUGGAAGGCCUAAUUCCUUGAGAAGGUCUACUGGUCCUCCAAUGGAGGCUGAAGGAGCAGUGUCGAAUGUGCUGUUUGUUGAUGGGCUUCCUACUGACUGUACCAGAAGAGAAGUGGGACAUCUUUUCCGACCAUUUAUCGGGUUUACAGAACUUCGACUUGUCCAUAAGGAGCCCAGGCGUCGUGGGGACAAGGCCAUGGUGCUGUGCUUUGUGGAGUUCGCUGAUGCAAAGUGUGCUCUUACUGCUUUGGAGGCCCUUCAAGGUUACAAGUUUGAUGACAAGAAGCCCGACUCCCCAUUCUUGAAGAUCCAUUUUGCUCAUUUUCCCUUCCGCCUGCCCUCGGAAAGAGAUGGUCCGCGAGUUUGAGUUGGGCAGGCCCUAUGCCUCGACAAGUUGACAUAAAGUGCUAUUUUUUUUUCCUUGAUGCUGUAAAACCUUCUUGUGGAUAAACAAUAUUAAGCACAGCAUUUGAUGAGAGACAUCUGUUUAAUUAUAUUGUCUUUAGCCACACCUGUUGUAUUGGUUCUUCCACAAGCUCUUGGCCUCAUGCUCAAGUAUGUUUGGCAGGAUUUUUUUACACAAGUUUUAUGUAAGGAUAAUGUUGUUCAACAAAAUAUCCCAAUUGUUACUCAGUCUUGUACAUGCAAAUGGCUGUCUAAAUAGUUUGAUGGCUAAUUUAAUUUUAUGUUCCAUGGGGCAUAUUUAUA